AUGUCUCGUGAAACCAGUGAACCAACCAGCCACAGGGGGCGCUACAACAAACCGGUGCCGACGUCCAACCUCACGAGUGAGGAAGAUGAUUUUCCAGAAUUCGAACCGUUCGAAGGCGCCGGCGACUCCGAGGCCACGCCCAGAACUUGGAAUUCUGAGGCGUCUCUGUCGGUGCAGAACGUGGACAUGUGUCAACCCGUCAACAAACCCAAUCACUUCACGUCCGCCUACGACAUCCCGAACCUGGUGGUGCGGCGCGGCCAGGAGUUCGUGGUCAGGAUCACGUUCAGCCGAGCGCUGACUCAGCAGGACGACUUCCAGCUGGAGUUCCUGAUUGGCUCCAGCCCCUCUGCCAGUAAAGGCUCCCUGAUCGUGGUGACCUUUGGCUCCCGUCGGGGGGGGGCGUGGUCAGGCCGGAUCCUGGAGACCCGGGGGCAGAUGGUGAUGGUCGGCGUCACCCCGACGCCAGACGCCAUCGUGGGGAAGUUCCGUACGUACGUGGCGGUGGAGGUGAACGGCGGCCUGCAGCGGACCAGCAGGACGACCAGCACCGACUUGUACCUGCUGUUCAACGCCUGGUGUCCCGACGACUGCGUGUUCCUCCCGGACGAGAGCGAGCGCCAGGAGUACGUCCUGAACGACUAUGGCGUGAUCUUCCAGGGCACGGUCAACAGCGUGGCGCACCGCAACUGGAUGUAUGGACAGUUCGAGCGUGGCGUGCUGGACGCCUGCAUCUACAUCCUGGAUGCGUCUCAGAUGCCGAUCACCGACCGCGGCGACGCCAUCAAGCUGAUCAGGAAGGGCUCGGCCAUGGUGAACUCUCAGGACGACCGGGGGGUGAUGGUGGGGAACUGGAGUGACGACUUCUCCAUGGGCACCUCCCCCACGUCCUGGACAGGAAGCACCAACAUCCUGCUGAAGUACGCCAGCAGCGGCGUGCCCGUGUCCUUCGCUCAGUGCUGGGUGUUCGCCGGCGUCUUCAACACCUUCCUGCGCUGCCUCGGCCUCCCGUCCAGAGUCAUCACCACCUUCUCCUCCGCCCACGACAACACAGGGAACCUGAAGAUCGACCUGAUCUUCCACCCGGACGGGACGCCGGACGAACGCCACACCACCGACUCCAUCUGGAACUACCACUGCUGGAACGAGGUGUGCAUGGUGCGUCACGACCUCCCACGCCACCUGGGGGGGUGGCAGGUGGUGGACGCCACGCCGCAGGAGACCAGCGAUGGUCACUACCGCUGCGGCCCGGCGUCGGUCAACGCCAUCAGAGACGGUUUGCUGUGUCAUCCCUUCGACUGCGGCUUUGUGUUCGCUGAGGUGAACAGCGACGUGGUCUUCAUGAAUCGAGAUCGUUACGGGACGCUGACGCCGUUCCGAGUCGACAAGACUCACGUGGGUCAGGCUGUCUACACUAAGGCUGUGGGGGGGUACGGACCCGUGGACAUCACACACACCUACAAGUACCCUCAAGACAGUCCUCAGGACAAGCUGACCAUGAGUCGGGCGGAGGAGUACGGUUGUGCGAGGGAUCACUCGGACCUGUCCGAGCCGGAGCUGUCCGUCAGCAUCAGUGUUGAGCAGGCCAUGCUGGGCCAGGACCUGAAGCUGGUGAUGGAUUUCCAGAACCUGGGUGAAGUCUCCAGGAGCAUCGCUGCCCACCUGUCCGGCUCGGUGGUCUUCUACACCGGCGUCUCGGCCGCGCAGUUCAAAGACCAGAACUUCGGAGUGACGGUGCCCGCCCAGCAGACCGAGCGUGUGCAGGUGACCAUCCCGGCUCAGGACUACAUGCCUCACAUGGGCGGUCAGCUCUCCCUCCGCUUCGUGGUCACGGGUCAGGCUGACGACCAAUCAGUGAGCGCCAUCAAGGUGGUCGAGCUGAUGACCCCCAAACUCACCGUGGAGGUGUACGGCCAGCCUCAGGUGCAGCAGCAGAUGUUUGUGACGGUUUCCUUCACCAACACCUUCAGCUUCCCCCUGACCAACGCCACGCUGGUGCUGGACGGACCCGGGCUCACGGGCGUCCGAUCGCGCCUGUUCAAGGUCAUCGAGCCCCAGGCCUCGGUCUCCUGGACGGAGACGUUCCUCCCGCGGUUCAGCGGCCAGCGACGCAUCUUCGCGCUGAUGGACUGCGUGAGCGUGAACCAGGUGACUCAUCUACUUCCUGUGAUCACGUGA